AUGCUAUCAUCAUCAUUAGCAUCUUCUGCUCCUGAUACCACCACCAACAAUCAUCAUCCCAUCAUGUCCAUUUCUUCUCUUUUGGAACCAUCCUCAGAUCAUCAUGCCUCAUCCACUUUUAUGCAGCAGCAAGAUUCUCUUACUACACCACCUCCUCCUCUUUUGCCUCCCAUGGUUUCUCCAUCGUCCACCACAACAACAACAUCCUCUCAUCAUUAUGAAGAUGAUGAAUUGCUACUCCCUCCUCUUGACAAGACUCUUUUCAUGCAACACUCCUCAAGUAGUAGUAGUGGUGGUAGUCGUUCUCCUUCUCCAGAUCCAAGAGAUAGUACGCUUGAAGAACGCCGAAGACGCAACAAGAUAGCUUCUGCAAAGUAUCGGGCUAAACGCAGCCAAGAAAACAAAAACAUGCGCCAAGCUCUAGAACAUUUACGUCGGCAAAACGCUGUUCUACUUCAGGCUUUGAACGAUGUCUAUCGUGACAAAAGCAACAUGGGUGAUGCAGCAGCAGCAGCUGAGCAACAAUCAUCAUGGCCAUUGUUAAACUCUACCUCCGCAGCAGGAGCACAAGAACAUGACGAUGGAAACAUCCAUUGUGCUACAACUUCUACUUGCACGAUCCAUCAUCCAUACCCAAGAAUGUCUCUUUGA